GAUGGAUGUUUUAAGCCAAAACUCUAAAAGGCUUCACGUGACAUCAUUUGGUCUACUUUUUCAUUAAACACCAUCGUUCAAACCCAGAAACAGAAGCAGAAACAGGGGAUCUCCAGAAACAGAACAAGAAAUCUGAAAUCUGCUCACAACACAGUUCGAUUUCCAUAGUUACAGUUACUAUCCAGUUUCCAUGCUCAGUGCAUCCAACACAGUAGAAAUGCCUAUGGUUCCAAGAUUCCUCCAUACCCAAAAUCGACUCAAAGAUGUUCUCUUACUCUUCUCCACACUUGUCAUCUUCUACCUCAUCUUCCUCCUUCACCACAUUCAUACCCCUAAAACUUCCUUCAAUCCAAAUCCCAAUUUCUCCAAAACCCCCUCAAUUCCCACUAAUCUUUCAAUCUCACACAUCUUCUUCUCAAUUGCCGCUUCUUCUUCUUCUUUCUCUCUCCGUCUUCCUUACAUUAACCUCUGGUACAAACCCAAUUCCACCAACGUCGUCGUUUUCCUAGACGACCCGAUUUCCAGUUCUACCCUCUCUGUUUCAUCUCCCCCCAUUCUUGUUUCAUCGGAUACUUCCAAAUUUCCUUAUUCUUUCCCUUCUGGUCGUCGUUCGGCGAUCCGGAUUGCACGUAUUGUUAAAGAUACUUUUGAUUUAGUUAAAAAUGUAAACUUUACUGAUACUCGUUGGUUUAUUUUUGGUGAUGAUGACACUAUUUUCUUUACGGAUAAUUUGGUUAGAGUUUUGUCAAAAUAUGAUUGUGAGAAGUGGUAUUAUGUUGGGUAUAAUUCGGAGAGUUAUGAGCAGAAUGAGAAGAACUCGUUUGAUAUGGCAUUUGGAGGGGGUGGGUUUGCCCUUAGUGCUCCAUUGGCUAAGGGUUUAGCUAGGGUUUUGGAUUCUUGUUUGAUGAGGUACCCUCAUUUGUAUGGAAGUGAUUCCAGGAUUUUUUCUUGUGUAGCUGAGCUUGGAGUACGUUUGACCCGCGAACCUGGAUUCCAUCAGGUUGAUGUUCGAGGAGAGCUGUUUGGUAUCCUUGCUGCACAUCCAUUAUCACCUUUGUUAUCACUUCAUCACUUGGAUGCGGUGGAGCCACUUUUUCCUGGCAUGACUAGGAUUCAAGCAGUGGACCAUCUUUUCAAAGCUGUCCAUGCUGAUCCUGCUAGGAUUUUGGAACAAACUGUGUGCUAUGACAAGUCCAAUUUACUGACAGUUUCAGUUGCAUGGGGUUAUGCCGUUCAGGUGUUUGAAGGGAAUGAACUUCUUCCAGAUCUCCUCUCGCUGCAGCGAACAUUUAGACCAUGGAAAAGGGGUAAAAAUGUUUCUGCAAGCUAUAUGUUCAACACUAGAGUCAACCCUAGUGAUCCUUGCAAAAAACCUGAUGUCUUCUUCUUGCAAAACGUGCUUUCUAGUAGAGAUGGCAUAUGGACUGAGUAUACAAGACACAAUGUUAGGAAGUGUGUAGGAAGUAAUCCUACAAAACAGUUGGUAAAGAUAAGGGUCUUCUCACAGAAGUUAGCCGUUGAUGUUGAACAGUUGAAGGCACCUCGCCGACCAUGCUGUGACAUUUCAUUACCUAUCAAUGAGACGAUGAUAGUUGGUAUUAGACAAUGUGGGCAUGAUGAGUUGAUCUCAAUGCAGACUUAGAAUGAUACUUAAAAUUGCUCGACAAAUGACCUGUCAAUCCAUAGUUUGGACGAGCGGGGAGUUAUGCAGUCUCUUGACAGAACUCUCUCUUCCGAUUUCUGAAUUUUAUAAGCAGCAGGUAUAUUGGUAGCCAAGAAUCUCUGAGCAAAGUGUGGCAAACAUAUAUGUGCACAAAAAGAAGAGAGAUUUGAAAUUGACACGUUUGGAACAAUUACUCAUGAAUUUUGCUGGCUAGGAUUGCUUUAUUCAGCAGACUCAGCACACAGCCGUCGUAUCUAUUAAAGCUUGACAUUUUUUUUUUCUUUUUUUAGUAUUUUUCGAAUUGAAUGCCUUUUAAGACUUUUGUCAUUAGGUUUGAAUUUCUGUUAUUUGAAUAGUUGGUAUAGAGCAUCAUUAAAAUGUCAAGAUAGAUUCAGCUUUUGCACUGAAGUGAUUAUACAGGCCUUAGCAGUGAUAAUAACGAUGCUUUGAGUCGUAUUGCUUGAUUCACCUGCUGAAACUUGCCAGGAAUAGAUCAGAGAAGUUCCAAAUGUUGUGUGCGCAUUGCUAAAGCAAAAUUUGGAGCUCCUUCUCCCUUAAUUUCAUUUCCUUUUGGUUUUCUCGUUAGGGCAUUGUUUUAAGGGCUGAAUGCAUUAUUUUGCAGUAGUUUGACCUUAUUACCACAAAGAUUUUGAGUUACUCUUCAUUUCAUUCGAAACUGAUAAAAUGUAGUGGUUACACUUUUAUUAUUGACUUUUCUGCUUCUUCCUGUAGAUUUGAUUUUUGAAUAGUGAA